GCACUCCCAGCUUGUGAAGAAAAGUAUUAUGGUGAGCACCGAGCAGUAGGUAGAGACUCGGUGAAGAGUAUGUAUAAUUGUCUAUGACGUUUGAGACCAAAUCAGAAAGUUGUAUAAUUCUACGAGUGACGAGAAUUGUAAGUACUUACUGCCAUAGAGUACAAUUACUUAUUGAUAUAAAUUAUUAAUUUUUGUUUUUACAAUUAUAAUCAAUGCGCCUUUUUAUAAACAUGAUUAUCAAGCCAUACACAAAGCUUUUGACAAUGGAUCACAUGUUCAAGCAAAUGAGCAAUGGCUUGUUACAAGCAGUAGCAGUUACAUUCGUAGUGCGAGCCUCCUUUGGUAGAGCUGAAUGAGGAUGUGAUCAUGUGACUCUUAAAUGUUAAGACAAUGAUAGAAGAGUUUCAUAGUAGGCUAGUAGCUAUAGAUGAGUUUGAAAUAGAAAUUCUAAUACUCCGGCAUCUAAGACUAAUGGUAUGGUGGUAAUUUUAAAGCACCAAAAAAUAAAGCAAAAAUUUAGAUGUUGUGAGAGAGUAAGGACUAAGUAAGAUAAUUGUUGAAUGAGACUCCAAAAUUUGUUAUCGGAGUUGUGUGAAGGACAAAACUAUUGAUUAUAGUUCUAUCAAUUUCCCUUUUUUCUAUAGGAAAUGUAGUAAAAUCGUAGUUCGAUGCGGUUUUUUUAUUAUUUUGUCAAGAGGUAUAAUGAGACGAUGAUUUAAAAGUAUGAAUUACUAUUGAAGUUUUUUGAAAGUCUAAUAAGCAAUAUGAGCUCACCUUUUAUUUAAAAAUACUUAUCUUUAUUCACGAAAAAUUUAAUAAAAAUACAAAAUAUUUUAUUAAUUUUUAAAUAAAGCAACAUAGUUGUUCCUCUACCCCAGCUCCAACUAACCACCUUUUUAGAAAAAUUAAAUCCAAAAACAGGGAGAUAAAAGAUUCAACCCUCAAAAGUACAAAUCUUUUACACUAUUGGCUUUAUGGUUUCAAAUUUUCAAAGGAGCAUGAGUGUAGAAUGGAACCUAAAUUCAAAUAGUAAUUCCCAUUCUUGCUCUGUUUCAUAAUACUAAAUGUGACAUGUUACGUGGAAAAAUAUUACUAUUAGUAGCAAAUAUUAUGAAACGGAGGAAGUAUAUAUUUGGGUUGUUGAACUUUACUAUUUUUUAUUUUUUUAUUCCCAUAUUAUUUUAUAAAAAUUAUCCCGCCAUUUGAAAAUGCAAAUCAAAAUUGAGACAAUGACCCCUUAUUUCUUCUCUUUUUCCUUCUUGUUCUUUCUAUCUCUCUCUAGUCUCUACCCUGCAAAGCACAACUUCCCAAGUGUUUUUUCUCCAUUUUACUGACCACUGCAAAAGACUACUCAACAAAUGGACCCAAUAAAUUAUUGUUAAAGGUUAUUGGAGUUUAAGUAUUCAAAUUCAUUAAUUAUGCUUAUUUUUCUUUUUUUUUGGUUAUUCAAUUGUCAUCAUAACACUAGUUCCCACUACUAGUAUACUCUUUCUUUUUCACAAAUAUCAUUGUUGUCCAAAGUUCAAAGCUUUACUAGUUCUUUGAGUUUGUCUGUAUUCUUUAUCCUUAAGAGAGUAUAAACUUGAAAACCCUAUUUUUUUCUUAUGAUUUUCUCCCUUUUUGUGAUGAGUUCAGAAGAUUCAGAACUUUGAAGGCCAAUAAUCCCAUCUUGAGCUAGAAAUUUUAAAUGGGUUUGUUAAUUUGGAUCUUUAAACUGGUUUUACUAGCUACCCUUUUCAGCAUUUGCCCUCUUGCUCUCAACUCAGAUGGUAUAACAUUGCUUGAAAUAAAGAAUGUGUUGAAUGACACCAAAAAUGCUCUUAGUAAUUGGAGGGAUACUGAUGAAACACCAUGUUUAUGGACUGGGAUUACUUGCAAUUCCAAAGACCAAAGUGUCAUUUCUAUAAAUUUGCCCUACAUGCAACUUGGAGGGAUAAUAUCUCCAAGCAUUGGGAAGCUUACUAAGCUUCAAAGAUUAGCACUUCAUCAGAAUAGUCUGCAUGGUUUUAUUCCACAUGAAAUUUCAAAUUGUUCUGAGCUUAAAGCCCUGUACUUGAGAGCCAAUUAUCUUCAGGGUGGCAUACCUUCUGAGAUUGGGAAUCUCUCUUCUCUGACCAUAUUGGAUUUGUCAAGCAAUUCAUUGAAAGGUGCCAUACCAUCUUCCCUUGGGCGUCUGUCUAGGCUUCGUUAUAUGAAUCUGUCAACAAAUUUCUUCUCUGGCGAGAUACCGGAUUUUGGUUCUCUGAGCGGGUUUGGGAGUAAUUCAUUUAUCGGUAACUUAGAUCUUUGUGGACGGCAAGUGCACAAACCAUGCCGGACCUCGCUUGGAUUCCCUGCAGUCUUGCCUCAUGCUGCAAGUGAUGAAGCUGCUCCCCCAAGUAAGCGGCCAUCUCAUUCGAUCAAGUGGUUGUUGAUUGGCGCAAUGUCCAUGUUAGGAGUAGCUCUUAUUGUAGUCUUAGCAUUCCUUUGGGUUUGGUCGUUAUCAAAGAAAGAAAGAGCUGCCAAGAAAUACACCGAGGUUAAGAAGCAAGUAGAACCCGAUGCAGGAACCAAGCUUAUAACUUUCCAUGGUGAUCUUCCAUAUCCCUCAUUCGAGAUCAUUGAGAAGCUGGAGGCUCUGGAUGAGGAAGAUGUUGUGGGUUCAGGAGGAUUUGGUACGGUUUAUAGAAUGGUCAUGAACGACUGUGGCACAUUUGCUGUCAAAAGGAUAGAUCGUAGUCGUGAAGGAUCUGAUCAAGUAUUUGAGCGGGAAUUGGAGGUCUUGGGCAGUAUCAAGCACAUUAACUUGGUUAACUUGAGAGGGUAUUGUAGGCUACCAACUUCAAAGCUUCUUAUUUAUGAUUAUUUGGCCAUGGGCAGCCUCGAUGAUUUGUUACAUGAACAAACUAAUAGCGGUGAGGUGCUAAGCUGGAGUUCUCGUCUGAAAAUAGCUCUGGGCUCUGCUCGUGGAUUAGCGUACCUUCAUCAUGAUUGCUGCCCACGAGUUGUUCAUCGUGACAUAAAAUCAAGCAACAUACUUCUUGAUGAAAACAUGGAGCCACACGUAUCUGAUUUUGGCCUCGCCAAGCUUUUGAAAGAUGAAGAAGCCCAUGUUACAACAGUCGUUGCUGGUACUUUUGGGUACUUGGCACCUGAAUAUCUGCAAAGUGGAAGAGCGACACAGAAAUCUGAUGUAUACAGUUUUGGUGUUCUUCUGUUAGAGCUUGUGACUGGCAAAAGACCGACAGAUCCAUGCUUUGUUCAGAAAGGUUUGAAUGUUGUUGGUUGGAUGAACACAUUACUAAGAGAAAACCGAUUAGACGAUAUUUUGGAUAGAAAAUGCCCUGAUGUAGAUUCAGAGGAAGCGGAAGCAAUACUCGAUAUUGCUUCUCGAUGCACGGAUGCAGACCCUGAUCGUAGGCCAUCGAUGAAUGAAGUUUUGCAGGUUCUAGAACAAGAGGUUAUGUCGCCUUGCCCGAGUGAUUUCUACGAGUCUCAUUCAGAUUAUUGCUGAAUGAUAAAAGGCUAGAAAUUGGAAUUCUUGUAGGUUGUAAUCCUACCAGCCUUUGUAUAUUCAAUUAGUUAAUUUUGUUGUGCAUUUUGUUAUGCACCAACACCCCUUUGAAUUGCUGUGGUUAAAGCAAUACUUUAUGGGCAAAGCCUUCGUCUCGUUUGAUUAUCGAGUUGUCUUAA